AUCUUUAGGAACGCCCACGGCUUCAAACCCUUAGCGCGGAAUACGAGAGAGAGAGAGAGAGAGAGUUGCUCCCAUUCUUCUGCAGAUGGAAUGAGCUUCCAAAUAAUGCAGUCCCCUAACCCUGCUGCGGCAACCGAAUCCGGCAAUCCACUAGCCGACAUCAGCUCCACUCGCUGUCGCCGCCACCUCUCCCCCCAUUCCGCUCGCUGGUGGACCCGGCUCCCCCGGCGAUGGAGGUUCCACCCCGAAGUCGGCGACGACGACGACGAGGAGGUGGCUGGGACGUCAUCGCCGGCGGGCGAGUGCUACGCGUGCACGCAGGCGGGCGCGCCGGCGUUCCACUCGACGAGCUGCGACCGCGCGCACGCCCCCGAGUGGGAGGCCAGCGCCGGCUCCUCCCUCAUCCCCAUCCAGAACACCGCCGGCGGCGGGGAGCGGCGGUCCGGGUGGGGGCCGGCGUGGGUGUUCGGGGCGGUGCUGGACCCACGGAGCGGCGGCGUGCAGCGGUGGAACCGGGGGCUGCUGCUGGCCCGCGCGGUGGCGCUGGCGGUGGACCCGGUGUUCUUCUACGCGGUGUCGGUGGGGGAGGGGGGAGGGUGCGUGGUGGGGAUGGACGGGAGGCUGGGGGUGGCGGCGGCGGCGGUGCGGACCUGCGCGGACGCGGUGCACGUGCUGCACGUGUGGGUGCAGCUGAGGCUGGCGUACGUGUCGCGGGAGUCGCUGGUGGUGGGGUGUGGGAAGCUGGUGUGGGAUCCACGGGCCAUUGCCUCCCACUACCUCCGCUCUCCCAAGGGCUUCUGGUUCGACCUCUUCGCCAUCCUUCCCUUACCCCAGAUUGUCUUCUGGUUAGUGCUGCCAAAAUUGGUCAGAGAGGAAGAGCUCAAGCUUAUAACGACGGUCCUCCUAUUGAUUUUCUUGUUCCAGUUCCUUCCCAAGGUUUAUCACAGCAUCUGUAUGAUGAGGAGUAUGCAGAAGGUCACUGGCUACAUAUUUGGAACUAUUUGGUGGGGUUUUGGACUCAACCUCAUUGCCUAUUUUAUCGCAUCGCAUGUAGCUGGGGGCUGCUGGUAUGUCCUUGCGAUCCAACGUGUUGCCUCGUGCCUUCAACAGCAAUGCCAGAAGAAUAAUAAUUGUGAUCUAAUGUCCAUGGCUUGUUCCAAGGGAGCCUGUAAACUCUUUUUAUUACCAGCUGGCAUCGAUGAAUUAUCUUGCAUCAAUAACCUGACAUUUGUGGGAAAUCAAAAUCUCCAUGCAUGCUUGGAUGUAGAUGGACCAUUUCAGUAUGGUAUAUAUGAUGCAGCUCUUCCUGUCAUAUCCAGCAACUCACUUGCUGUUAAGAUUCUUUACCCUAUGUUUUGGGGCCUUGUGACCCUCAGCACUUUUGGCAAUAAUCUCGUACCGACGAGUCAAUGGCUGGAAGUGAUAUUCAGCAUAGCAAUAGUACUAAGUGGUCUCAUGCUCUUUACUCUCUUGAUUGGGAACAUUCAGGUCUUCCUGCAUGCAGUCAUGGCAAGAAAAAGAAAGAUGCAGCUAAGGUGUCGAGACAUGGAAUGGUGGAUGAAACGAAGACAACUGCCAUCACGCUUGAGGCAGAGAGUCCGACGGUAUGAAUGCCAGAGAUGGGCCACAAUGAGAGGGGAGGAUGAGAUGGAAAUCAUCAAAGACUUGCCAGAUGGGCUAAGACGAGACAUCAGGCGCUAUCUCUGCCUCGAUCUCAUUAAGCAGGUGCCUUUGUUCCAUAGUCUGGAUGAUCUUAUCCUUGACAAUAUAUGCGACAGAGUUAAGCACCUUGUCUUCUCCAAGGAUGAAAAGAUCAUUAGAGAAGGAGAUCCGGUGCAGCAAAUGGUUUUUAUUGUACAGGGGCACUUGCAAAGUAGUCAAAAACUCAGCAAAGGAAUGGUGGCAACAUGCAUGCUAGGCCCAGGAAACUUUCUAGGAGAUGAGCUCCUCUCAUGGUGCCUCCGUCGCCCAUUUAUAAAUCGGUUACCAGCUUCUUCAGCCACAUUUGUUUGUGUUCAGCCAACAGAGGCCUUUGGAUUAGAUGCACACCACCUACUCUACAUCACUGAGCACUUCAGGUACAAAUUUGCAAAUGAUAGACUCAAGAGAACAGCAAGGUAUUAUUCUUCAAACUGGAGAACGUGGGCAGCAGUUAACAUUCAACUUGCAUGGCGUCAUUACAAGGCCAAAACUAGAGGUCUGACGAUUCAGCCUUCCGAACUUGGUGACAGUGAACGACGUCUUCGGCUUUAUGCAGCAAUGUUCAUGUCGAUCCGACCUCAUGAUCACCUUGAAUAGUGAUAAGGUCUCAGUUUUGAGCUGACACAUUUCUGUGGGAAGGAUUCAUUUUCUGUCAAGCAGAAUAAUUUCAAGAUGGAUUUCAGAUAGAAACAUGAGAGAGAGAGAGAGAACAGUUCUACCAGAAAAACUUGAAUGAACAGAUUAUUUCUUUGAAGAUAAGAAGAAUGGAAUUAUUUUGUUGUUUUCUGAAGGAAUAGAAUUAAUAAAGAUAUUUGUUCUAUAGAACUCAGCACUACAUGUUUCCAUUCUGUGAACAAUUCAAUAUGGUUGUGAAGGAGGCAUCAAAGUGUGUAUUGGGUCCAAUGUAGCAGCUGGAAAAAAGAAAUCUUAAAUAGAUUGUUGGCAUGGUCCAUUCUCUGAAGUGCUUGUAUUCUAAUGACCUUCAGAGUCCAAGGGAGUGUUUUUAAAACAGAGAAGGGAUGUGGAGCCAUGAUGUCCUACACCAGGGUAAAAAUUCAGAAUCAUGAUAUUGGGGACUUUGGUCCAUGAUGUAUUCUUUUAAAGCACAUUCACUAUUAUCUACUAUAGAGAAACUAAAAAAAUUCUUACCGACGAAUGGAAAUUCUUCCUCCAAAUAAAUUUUGUAGAAGGUGUCUAGCAAAACAUCUUCCACUAACUUCUGAGUC